AUGUCUUCCGAUGCUGCCCCCGUCCAGGGCAUGCGCAAAAAUGGCAAAAACUGGCACACCUCGAAGAAGGCCUUCCGCCCCAGUGCGGGUCUCGGCUCUUACGCGAAGAGACAGGAGGCCCGCAAGCACCAGGAGGCUGUCAAGGAACAUGAGCGGGAGAUGAAGAAGGAGAAGGAGGCAGAACGGCAGGAAGGAACUCAGGAAGAUGCGCGGACGAAACUGACUGUGGACCUUCUUCUCCUACAGUCCCAUAUCCAGCGCAUUAAAGAUCGUCGAGCAGCCAAGGAGGAGAAGGCACGAUACGAGAAGAUGGCCGAGAAGAUGCACCACAAGCGAGUCGAGCGCUUGAAGCGCAGAGAGAAACGCAACAAGCUGCUUAACUCAUGA